AGCCUGACUACAGCAACCAUGGCCACCCCAGAUGUCAGCGUGCAUGUAGAAGAGGUGGUGGUGGUGACCACACCGGAUAACAUAAUGGAUGGCAGCAGCAUGGAGGAGGUGAAAGCGGUUCUUGUGACCACCAACAGGAGCCUAUCUGAAGAAGCCUUGGAGUCAGAAAAUGUGGCAGCAGCUGCUGCAGCCGCCUUUAGUGCCUCAACGGAACUGAAAGAAGCUGUUUUAGUGAAGAUGGGGGACGAGGAAGAGGAAACUCUUGAAGCAGAGAUUGCUUACGCCAUCACCUGUGGAGAGAGCAAAGCCAACCUGAUCUGGAGGAAGUUUGUGUGCCCAGGGAUCAAUGUCAAGUGUGUGCAGUAUAAUGACCAUCUGAUCAGUCCGAAAGAAUUUGUGCAUUUGGCUGGAAAAUCUACCUUAAAGGACUGGAAGAGAGCCAUCAGGAUGAAUGGAGUCAUGCUCAGGAAAAUAAUGGAUUCAGGGGAGCUGGAUUUCUACCAACACUCCAAGGUCUGUUCCAAUACCUGCCGGAGCACCAAGAUCGAUGUGACAGGGAGCCGCGUUUCUCUCUGCAGCCAGGUAUCCACGGAGUAUAUUCCCAUCACCACCACAUCCAGUGACAGUUUCACUGUUAACGGGAGCCCAGCAACUAUUACUAUAGAGACGUGUGAUGGAACCGGAGACUGGACCACUACGGUCGGAGACGCUGUGCUGCUCAACAACAUUGUCCAGAAUUUCGGCUUGCUGGAUUUAAUUAAGAAAGUACUGGCCAGCAACAAAAGCCAGAUGGAUCGCUCUAGAGAGCAGUACACCAGAGAUCUAGCAGCGCUGGAGCAGCAGUGCGAUGAACACCGAAGAAGAGCCAAGGAGCUGAAGCACAAGUCUCAACAUCUCAACAACGUGCUGAUGACACUGACCCCAGUCAGCAUGCCCCCUCCAACCAAGCGGCCACGUUUAACCCGUGCAACUUCUGGCCCAGCUGCCAUAAGCUCACAGAUGUCUUCUCAGCCAACGCAGAUCACCCUUCCUCAAGGAAUGUCUAUCUCUCAAUUGACCAGCAUCCCAUUCGGUAAAGUACUCACCACCAGUAUCCCCUCAUCCUCCACUUCCACCUUCAUUACCAAGAACUCAACUUCCCAAGCCAGCGCACCUUCCUCCCCAGUUUUGGGAGGUUACACUAUCCUCACCCCUUCAGGCAGCAGCUUCCCAAGCACUCUGGAAAUUCACCCCGACUCAUCCAACCUCACUGUUUUGAGCACAGCGGCUGUACAAGACAGCAACACUGUUCUUAAAAUGAUGAGCCCCAUCCAGCUGCUUACUCUUCCAGGGCUGGGUGCCACCCUACAGAACUUGGCACAGUUAGCACCAGCCGGGAGUACCUUUGUAGCCAUGCCCUGUGACUCAGCGGAUGGGGAGGAGGAGCAUACCACCAUAGAGGUGACAUCUCUGACCGAGGACCAGAUGGAGAAGUAGAGAAGGCAAGCCAUGUUUUGGUACCUUAAUAGCUCUGAGCUAUCGUGUGACUGUGAUGGAUGAUGGGAGCUUAGCCGGAGGAAGCUGAUGAACCAAAGAGGGACGAGGGAAGUUCUGUGCUGACAAAUCUGUUGCACAUUGCACAGAAUAUGGCCGCAGAUGGUUCUAGUACCGAACAAGAUGUUGAAUAUUGUUAGAGACAGCCUCACGUCAUAUUGGUGAGAUCUUCCUGUGGACACUCCUAGGAUAGUCCGAUGGCGCUUUUCUCUGUAGGCCCGGG